GUGAGGAUACCCUAUGGUGGGGAUAAGUCCCGUUUAGGGGAGCCUAGGGGGAACAGGGAUAGGAAUGUCUGCCAGGUCUAGAAUAUCGAGGGUAGAAGUGGUUGGCCCGAUAAGAUCGGCUGAAAUUGGAUUGCUGAGAGGAACCCUUGCGUCCCAUCGUCUUUGUAACAGGGAGGUUGGAAUUCAGGGCAUUCAUCCCAAUAUGCCAGAAGCUAUGGCGGACGGCGGGAGAAAGCUUCUAACGAUCGACGACCUUGUUGAGGCUCUGGAUAAGCGCGAGAGAGUGCCGAGCAAUGUCCCGAAGGUUGAUACCUUCCACUUCAAGGGAGAACGGGUGUCCGACUGGCUGGACCUGACGGAGCAAGCCUUGGUAGGGUUGUCGGACGAGGUCAAGCUCCAGCGAGUCCUAAGAUAUGUCCUUCAUAGCCACCAUCACGAAGUGGGCAAGGUCGUGGAUGGCGCCAAUGAUAGUUGGGCGAGGUUCAGGGACAUGAUGCAGAGAAAGUACAGGUUGGGGGAUGGCUUGCUAACCACGGCGGAUUUGGAGGCCAUGAACAAGGAUGAUUUCUCUACGAUUGGGGCGUUUGUGCACGAGUUUAAAAGGAGGGCGCGGAAGGUGCACGGGAUCGCUGAAGAAACGCAGUGUGCCAUAUUUUUGGGUUUGCUUACUGGCUCGGAGGCCUCGGAGAUGACGGGUCACGGAGGGGGAAGUGAAAAACUCACUUGGGCCACUAUCGACAAAGGGGUGGAGGAGGGGAGUCUGGACCAGGUGGAGCAGCAUCAGGUGUGGCUGCAAAGGCGCAAGAGAAAGGAAAGGGACGCCACCGCGUCCGGGACCCCAGGGGUGAAGAGGAUCGUCACGGACGUAUUGGCAGCGCUGGGAUAUGAUAGCGAGGCGGAAGUGCAAAGGAGGGGAGCGAUCGUGGCCCAAGGUCGGGCGUCGGGGGCAGUGGAAGAGGAGGCUAGGCGCGAGGACUAUGGCGGAGAAGAGACGGGUUCCCAGAUCCUCACCAAGGCCCAGAGGAAACAACGGAAUUUACAAGUGGGGGGUCAAGGAUCCGGAAAAGGACAGGCCCCACAAGCGAUUGCUGCGCCGCCACCUGCUAUCACGACAACGUCAGCGACGGCUGGGCCGUCAUGUAUGGGGCCGCCGUCGGCUUGUGGGCAUUGGGUGCCGCAUUGUCAGCCUACGUCCUGGCCCAGUUGUAAUCACUGCGCCUCGUGCGGGGGUAGUCAAACUCAGUCGGGGCAAAUGGUCCCUUACGCGGGCCCAGCGGCAAGUAUGGGGCCCCCGAGCUACCCUACAGUUCAGGGUCAGUUUGCGGCCCAACCACCUCCCUCCCAACAGGCCUCGCAGGCUAGUGUGGCCGGUGGAGGAAACCAAGGACAAGGCGGACAAGGCAAUGGAGGCCGAGGUCAAGGGGGUCGAGGAGGUGGCGGCCGAGGCCGAGSAGGAAAUGGUGGGGGUCGCGGGGGUGGUUGGAAUGGUCAGGGGGGUCAGAACCAAGGUGGCCGAGGUGGCCAAGAGGGGGGCCAAGGGUAUGGGAGGCCCCGCUUUGAUUGGCGAAACGCCACCUGUUGGCAUUGUUGCGAGGUGGGCCAUACUAUACGGUUCUGCCAACGGCGGCGAGACGAUGAGUUGGCAGGUCUAAUUUCCUCUUGUAUGGACGGGGAUAUAUACGAUAAGUGGAGAGAGCAUAUCGACCCUAGGACCCCGGGAGGAAUCAGGCAAGAAGCUCUUAGGCGAGCGGCGGCAGGGCCAUCGACAACCCCGACCAUGUUUAGGAUGUGGCAGGAAAAAGAAGAGUUGGCCAUAAAAGUUGAGGAGAUUGUGGGAGACAGCGAGGAGGUUACUCAGCGACUAAAGGCGGGGACUAUAAGAGAGGAGCCAAUAGUCGUCGAGUCGGACGAGGAAGGCCAGGAAGACGAGGGAGAGCCGGCCACACUCCUCCUGGGAAGGAUGGAAGAUCUGCUGGAAAAGGUGGGGAGAUACCAGCGGAAGUUGCAAGCCCUGUGUGAAGAAGCCCGAGAGUGGGAGGCCAAUCUGUCUGAGGUCUUCCUCUACGACUCCGGACCUGAGCCUUCGCCAGGACAACAGGGGUACCCAAGAGUGGCGACCGUAGGGACGGGCCCUAGGUCAGGUAUGGCCUAUAGACCCCCCACGUCGCAUGGGAGGGUGCCGCAGGCAGGCCGGACCAGGAGCGAAAAUAAGGCUGGGCCUAGUCAAGAGCCCAGACAGGCGCCCAGUCAGGCACCCCCUCGAAAGGAGCCUGAGCCUGGACGUAGGAAGGAGGUGGUGGAGGUUCCCGAGGAAGAGGAUGAGGAUGACGAAGAAGAGAAUGAGAGGCUCCGACAAGAGGAGGAUCAGCGGGCAGAGCUGAGGGCCAAAAAGAGGGGGGGCCAGGAGGAGGCCGAGCCAAGCCUGCCCGACAGUGUGCCUAAGAGGAAGAAGUACGCGGUCCGGAUGGAGGAAGGCUUUGAUGUGGAGCGGAUGGUGGACAAACUCCUGGAAGGCCAUAAUGACUUGAUGAACCUAAGGGACAUCCUGGCGUCGGCGCCAAGGCUUCGUGGUCAGUUAAAGGGGCGGCUGUCGCGAAGGCUGGUGCCAAAUGUCCAUCUGAGUAUGGUCCUGCCUAUAGAUGUGGAGUGGACUGAGGCAGGGACAAGGAUGGAUUGGAAAUGUGUGGCGUGCGGGCAGGUGGAUUUGUUGAUAAGGGACCAGAAAUGCACUGGGAUGGUGGACACGGGCGCGGAGAUGAACAUCAUCAGGGAGAAGGAGGCGGUGAUGACAGGCAUGGAGAUCGACCGCUCGGACCAUGGCAUGCUGCACGGCGCUAACUGCAAGGCCGCCUUUCGCGACACAGCAUCAAAUGUGAUUAUAGAGAUUGGGAAGGUGCGAGUUAGGACGUGCUUUUUCGUUAUGCCCGAUGUCGAUCACCCCAUCCUUCUGGGGCGGUCGUUCCUGUGCCGGACGGAAAUGUUGAUCUUCAACAAGCACGACGGAACGAUGAUCCUGCUCCUGUGCGACCCGGCGUGUGGGACUUAUGAAGUUAUCACCUGCCGGAACACGGGGCCGAGGAGCGGGAGGAAUAGGCCCAAUCUAGGCUCGUUCACCUUUGAGGAAUCAGAGAACGAGCGGAGACGGCUUUGGGAAGUGCCCGAGGAGGAAGAUAGGGCUGAGGUGCUGACAUUGAGCCUCACGGAUGUAAAUAAGGCCAUGGAGGUGGUAUCGGCUCACGACAUGGCGGAUCCGGAGGCCAUUAAGGCAUUGAGGGAGCAGGUUUUGGAGAACCCGCAAGUAGGGGAGGUGGAGUUGGUGUAUCGGCUUCCGGGAGGAAGGGGAGGCCCCGCGAUGGCCCAGGCCCGAGCGACAAUGCGGGACGCGGGAGGAUUGCCGAACGCGGACGCAUUGUCAGAAUCGUGCGCAGGGAGGCCUAUAAUCUCGCUUAUAGACCUCUACUCGUGGUAUGACCAAUUCCCCGUAUACCCGCCAGACAGGCCCGUAACGGUAAUGCACACUCCCAGAGGGCUGAUUCAUAUGAACGUGGCGCCUCAAGGUUGGACGAAUGCAGUGGCGAUGGUGCAAAGACAUAUGAUCAGAGCCAUGCAGACGGUCAACCCACAUAUCACUCAGCCCUAUAUCGAUGACCUGGCGGUCAAAGGUCCGAAGGAGAAGGAGGAAGACGAAGUGAUGCCCGGUGUGCGACGCUUUGUCUGGAAGCAUGUCCAAGACAUCGAUCAGGUUCUGGGGUUAUUGGAGGAACAUAACCUGACGGCGAGCGGCCCCAAGUCGAAACAUUGUAUGAGGGAGGCCACGAUUCUAGGACUCGUCUGCAAUGAGAGUGGGCGGAGGCCUGGCGUAAAGAAGACAGAUAAGAUUCUUGAGUGGUCAGUGCCCUUCCGCUCGAUAACGGAUGUGAGGAGCUUCCUUGGGACGUGCGGAUUUUGGAGGAGCUUCGUGAAGGACUUUGCCACGAAGACGGAGCAUUUAAGGAGGUUGGUGCGCCAGAAUCAAGAAUGGGUCUGGGGUGAAGACCAGGAAGAGGCGGUCGGUAGGAUGAAGGGAGACUUUAAGGAAGGGGGCUUGGUAUUGGGAGCGCCAAAUUAUGAGGCCACGGAGGAAAGACCAUUCGUCAUUGAGACGGACGCUGGGCCAACUGCCUUGGGAGGAGUCCUGAUUCAGGCAGAUACUGAGGGGAAGGAGAGGCCGCUAAGAUUUGAAAGUCGUACCCUCAAUACAACUGAGAGGAACUACUCUCAGUUCAAGAAGGAGACGUUGGCGGUACUCCAUUGCCUAAGGACCUUCCGGAACUAUGUUUUUGGCAGGAGGCUCAUCUUGAGGGUAGACCCUACUGCACUGGCAUGUUCCCUGAAGAAUUAUACUCCAUCUGACCCAACUGUCGCAAGAUGGUUGACCUACAUUUGGAUGUUCAAUUUCGAGUUGGAAAGGAUCCCAGGGAACAAGAACAAGGCAGAUGGGUUAAGCCGCAUCAACUGGGACGGAUCGGACGAGGAAUCGAUAAAAGACACACCGCCAGUUGAUGGGUUUUUGGAUCAAGAGGAGGACGUCCGCCUGCACAUAAACGAAUGGUCCCUGCGAGCGCCCAAUAGGCACAGUCUGGUGGAGGAAGUGAGGACAAUAGAGGAAGGCCCCACGCAGGUAGAAGAGCAUGAGCAGCUAAUGGGAGGAAUGUACCUGCUCACCAAUACGCUCCUACAAGGAGACUUUGACCGGAAGGGCUCGUUCAGUCAUGAGGGAAAUGAGAUUCUGGUUCCCGAAAAACGAGACGACGAGUUCGGGGAAGGAGAAAUUAAGGAGGCGUUUCGGGCGGAGGAGUACGAAGGGAUCUACCGGGAAUUGGGGUUGCUCCUAUCAUGUGAGAUGAGGGAUAGAGAUGCAAGUGCCAAGGCACAGAAGAUGAGGCACGUCUAUGUUGUAGGAGACGACCACUUGUUUAUAAAGCGGCAGGUCGGGAACCCCAGGAGGAUCGUAUGUGGGAGAAACCGGCAAAUUGAUAUCAUAGCGGCCCUACACGAUGGUGUAGCAGGGGGGCACAGAGGGGUAAGUGCCACAUGCGCGAAGAUAAGCGAGCUCUACCAUUGGGACGGGAUGCUGACGAUGGUUAUCAAAUACUGCCGAUCCUGUAUACCUUGUCAAGAGAGAUCAACGCAAAGGCCUGGAGAACCCCUACACCCAAGGUUAGAAAGGGAAGUGGGUGCGGUCGUACACCUGGACCUGUUAUUCAUGCCAGCAGGGGAGAAUGGGUGUAACUACAUCUUCGAUGCACGGGAUAACCUUACUGGAUUUGUGGACGGACGAGCUAUCCGGACGAAGACUGGCCCAAUUUUGGCGAACUGCAUCGAGGAGUAUUACCUGCGAUACCCUUUUGUCAGAGAGUUUGUGAUGGAUCGAGGAUCAGAGUUUACCUGCAGUGAGGUGAGGACGUUGCUCGCAGGGUAUGGCGUAGUGGCCAAUUAUACUACGGCCGCACACCCUCAAGCGAAUGCUCCCGUGGAGAGGGGGCACAGUACCAUCACGAAUCUCCUGGCUAAGUGGACAGAGGGCAAACCUGGUCAGUGGCCGAAGUUCCUACGGGCAGCUUUCUUCGUGGAGAAUGUUACUGUAAAGAGGACUACCAAGUCUGACUUUUCGAAGACAGCCAUGCAGAGGAGCGGGAGGGGCGCGCGGCCACGACAGGGGCCUCAGGGAGCAUCAGGAGAGGGUGACUCGCGCAGACCGGUUGGGAGGGAGUCUACGCCUAUCUUCGACGACGGUAACAUAGAGCUUUUUCUAGACUCCUACCAGGCACAUGCGACACGGGAGGGCUGGUCUACCUUGGAGAGGAUACGGCGCCUGAGGGGAGUUGGGCGCUUCGAGGAGCCUAUUGCGCACAUUCGAGAGGAGGCGUUGACAUGGCAGAAUGUGGAGGCGAGGAUGCAAAUGCUGAGGGCUUCGCCGAUGGGACCGGAUGGAUUGCCUAUUCGAUUGGAGGAAGGCAAUGCGAAGGAGUUCAUUCCGGCCUACGAGCAGUAUAUGCGCGACCAGGGGACUGGGCAGGAGGAGUGGAUGCAGAUGCUGCCCCUCUGGACACGGAGGGCGGAGAGGUCGUUGGCGAGGCAGAUCCGGGACAGGGCACACGGCUGGGAGGACUGCCAGGCCCAUGAUUUAUGGGGCCCGUCGCCGACGUUACCAAUGGGGGGAGGGGCGGUGCCGUUGAGGACGCCGCUCGACAGGUUGGAGGCUCAUCUCGAUGCGUCCCAGUGGGGGGCAUCACAGCUGGGAGCGGACCAGAGCGGACCGGCACGGUAUGAGCCAGUGGAGGAUGAGCCAGAGGAGGAGCCACCUGAGCCGGGGCCUGAGGCGGGGUCUCGCGAACCCGAGGAGCCGCUGACUGAGGGGGUUAUCACGGUUGGGGAUGAUACCCCUCCCCCUGCCCCGAUUCCGGAGCAGACGCGACAGUAUUGGCCUGAAGGGAUUCCUGAGCCGGACAGCGAGGAGCUGUUGGGGCCUCCAUCGGAAGCUGCUACGCCACCUCCGACGCAGGUGGAGCCAGAGGAGGGCGAGAGGGCAAGGACACCUACUACUGUGGUGCCGCAACUAACUGAGUCUAUAGGUGCACGCAUGGAUGUGGAGGUGCCGACAUCCAGGGAGCCUCCGCCAGAGCCGCCACCCGUACGCCUCGAAGAUCUAUACCAGGAAAAGCUUAGAAUGGAGGCCGCAGGAGAAGCGCCAAAGCCGCCGAUUGACCCUUCGACGAGCGAGCAAAGGAUUAGUGGGGCCUGGGCCAGCUAUGAGAGCGAGAGGGAUGCGGCUCGCCUGAGGUCUAGAGAGGCAGGACAGGUGAAUGCGAGGAUGGGCGAGGCACGAAAGACAGAGGACUUGGGAUUUUCAGCCGCCAGGAUGGAGAUUGAGCGUGCAGAUAGGAGGAUAGGUGAGGUGGCAGUCUCGUCCUUCCAACGGUACUCCAUGCUCAGCAAUGAGUUGGCGGCCUCGAAGUUAGAGGUGGGACAGUUGUCCAUCCAAUUGGCAGAAGAGAGGGCAGAGAACCAGGCGUGGAGGACCCGCAUGGAAGCCAAGGAGGCAGAGUGGGAGAAGAGGCUUCAGGACAUGGCGGCGAUAGUAGAAAGGCUCUCGGCCACUAAGGUGGUCGACUGGACGGAGCAGAGCCGGUAUGGUAUUCAGGGGAAGGAGGUACAGGGGCUCUUUGGCCGGGAAGGGACGACGGAGACGCCACAGCAAGAGGGAAUGGGGAAGGUACUCCUGGACCCAGCAGAGGCGGCGGCGAGGCGGGAGGCCGAGGAGAGGAGGUUCAACUUCAGGACUCCCACAAAGUUGGCCUCACAACAGGCCACCGCUAUGACAAUUGAGGUGCAAGAGGAUGCCCUUACGGGAGCAGCAGCAUCCACUGAGCCGGAGGUAAUGGGGGGAGAGGCGUCUCGACUGGACGAGUUGGUGGCAGCUAUGGAGCUGGACAUGCCGUCAGGGGGCCCUCAGAGGCAGGAGACCCCGGAGCGCGUGCCAGAGAUAGGGGAGCUGAGGAUACAGUUAGGCUCUUGGGCUACUGGAGCUGACUCAGGAGAGCACAUCUCAGAGCAGCAGCAGGAAGUUAUGAGCGAGCCAGAGACUCUCGUGACUCCCCAGCCUUCUGACCAGCAUAGGGACGAGGGGGUGGCUGCGAUGGGAGGAGUCCGCGAGGGUAGGCCACUGAGAUUGGACACUCCAGCGUACAGACCCGAGGGAGAUGAGAUGCUAGCAGGGCCGAGUACCCAGACGGUGGAGGCAGGACCGGCAGAGUCGUGGAGUAUGCCCCAGAGCCAUGAGAUGAGCAGGGAGACCAGCGAGACACCGUCAUUGCCAGGGUCCCAGAAGAAGAAGAGGAGGUGUCGGGGGAGACCAAACGAUCAGUGCUUCUUUUGCAAGGACGGUGUGCAUAGAGCUCUUGAAUGCCCGAAGUUCCUUAAGGACAAGGCGGCUGGGAGAGUGACAGAGAGUGGUGGAAGAAUGUACGACAGGCCGGGGUGAGUGGUAGAGCGGGCUCUAGAUGGGGGUAGGGGGCAAUUAUAUAAACAGAACCAGGAGACUAUGAGUGAG